UCAAAUAUUUGGCAACGAAUCAGAUAAUUUUUUACUGUGUAUUAUACUACAUGGAUGUAAAUAAGAUAAUUUUUUCAUAUCAAUUGUUCUUUAUAGAACAUAGGGAUGUAAAUAGAUUUUGAUAUGGAACUGGAAAGAAGAAUACCAAAUGAAGCACUGAUUUGUUGAGAUAUUUAUUUUUGCUUGGAAAAAAAUUGAGAUAUUGUGGAUUAUUACUGACAUAUAUAAAACUAUAAGCUUUUGAUAUUGGGAGACAAAACCCACAAAUUCAAAUCGACAAAAAAUAAAUAAAAAAUUUAACAGACUUAAAGAUCAAACUCCAAAAGGGUAUUAAAAACAAGGCUUAUUUGAUCCAUUGAGUGUGAAAGUUUUGAGCUUUGAAGAAGCAGAGGAGAGUUGCCAGUCCAUCUUCAAGUAAGCUUGGCAGCCACAGAUCAGGAUGUGGAGAGGAUGGAGAAAAUUAUCCUGCUGAUUAAGAAGAGUCACAACAGUAGUAGAAUCCACCUCCACCUCAACAGAUCUAAAACCUCUCAUCCAAGCCAAGCGAAAUCCAAAACAUAAAAAGGCAAUGCAUGGAUUUCGCGGAGCUAGAGAAAGAUACUGCCUCUAGAGAUGAGUGGUUACUGAUGUGUAGAAAACAAAAUGUUUUCUCGCAGAUGAUAUUAAUCAAAGAUGACAUACAUUAUGGUCAAAUAAACUCGGAUUUUCUGCAGACCACAUUUUUUCCCUUUGCAACAUUUUUUGUCUUUGAAAAAGAACUUGGAAUCAGCUUUUCACAUAACAUGGAUGAUGAAUGUAAGAAACUCAUACACAGAAUAACUCCACCAAGAUUUUAGCUACUUGGAAAUCGACGACUAAUAUCACUUCCAAGAAGGCAAGAUCAACAUAUGGCAUGUCACAGCAGUAUAUUUUUCACAAACAGAUGGUAAAAUUGUACACAUCACAUUAGGCAAGUUUCAAUCUUUUUUACUUCCAUUUUAACACAUUUCUAAUUAACAUUUUGUUCUAAAUUUUGAUUAAACUUCAUUUAAAUGUUUGAUUUGAGAAUUUCACAAGUCAAAUUACCACCUCUCUCUCUCUUUCUCUCUCCACGCUCCCAAACUCAAUUUUGAUUUUUU